AUGGUUAGAACAAGAGGAGGAUCUGCUGGUACCGGACGCACUAUCCGGCUUAGAGAUGAACAUGUUGAAAUUGUCGAGCCCUCCACCAUGAAAUCACCCAGAAAAGGAAUAGAAACUCGUGGUGGAAAAAGAAAAUCGUCUGCCAGAAAGAAACGGCAAACUGCUGAGCCUUCUGUUGAGCAAAUUGAGGAACAGCAAACUGCUGAGCAAACUGUUGAGGAACAGCAAACUGCUGAGCAAACUGUUGAGGAACAGCAAACUGCUGAGCUUUCCACCAGGAAAUCACCAAGAACAAGGUCUGAUGUACCAACUGCUCAACGUAGUGGAAAGAGAAAACGCCCUGCCAAAGUGCAACCUGAGGCUCAACCUGAAGUAGAACCUAAUCCAUUAUCCAAAUUCAUUGAUGAUGAUGUCAGGGAGAGGUUUGAAUUGAUCUCACAGAAGGGUUUCAUCACUCAGAGAACUAUUCUCCCUUCUGAAUUUCAUGGUCUAAUGAUGACCAUGUCACCUGAGCAACAAAUCACUUUUAUUGACAAAAGGAACUUGCUUGUACCUCCUAUCCCUCAAGAAGAUGAGAAUACGCAUCAAAAGAAGGCUAGAACUGAGCCAACUGAGCAAACUUUACAUACUGAAUCCACUCUAGAAGUUCAUACUUCCAGUUCUCAGCCACAAGAUAAGGGCAAGGCUCCAACAACUGAAAACAGUGAUAAUGAUAAGGAAACUAAAGAAGAAAAAGAAGUGGAUCUUACUCAGUUUCGCCUGACAAGGAGGAGGUCUGGAUCAUCCAAAAUCACCAUUUAG